CCCAUUUUACCGCUCUAUGUUUUUUUCACGGUUGCUUAACAAGAAAAAUAAAGAGGAAAAAGAACCCAAAUAAAACCAAAAAUCAAAAACUGCAAAUUAACCACACCAAAUAAUUUUGUUUUUCCAGUUUGAACAAGGCUUUUGAAAAAUUUGUAAAGCAUGACGAUGGAAGAUGCCGCUACUGCUAACGGAGGACCGGCUGCCCCGGCCGUUGAGCAGAGGAAGAACAGGAUUCAAGUCUCCAAUACAAAGAAACCACUUUUCUUUUACGUCAAUCUUGCAAAGAGAUACAUCCAGCAGCAUAAUGAGGUUGAGCUUUCAGCUUUGGGAAUGGCCAUCACCACAGUUGUUACAAUUGCAGAAAUUUUGAAGAAUACAGGCUUGGCUACAGAAAAGAAGGUUUUAACAUCUACGGUUGGAAUGAAAGACGAAUCAAAAGGUCGUGUCGUUCAGAAAGCAAGGAUCGAAAUUGUGCUGGGAAAGACGGAAAAAUUCGACGCAAUCAUGAGUGCCAACAAGGGCUCUGCAAAAGCGAGCAACAACACUCAGGAUGAGAAUCAGUAGGAGACACGAGGAUCUCUCUCUCUCUCUCUCUCUAUAUAUAUAUAACUUUGUACCUUAUUAUAUACAUCUCAGGGGACUGUUUUAUAAGAGGAAGCAUCAGAUUGUUAUUAUUAUUUUCCCACCCCCCCAAGCAGAUAGUAGAGUUGACCUAGUUAAAGAACGAAAAAAUAGCAGCAAAGCAAAAAACAGAUGCUGCAGCAGAAGCUAAAGUUCCAUAUUUUAGUUUCUUACCUAAGAAUUGCAAUGUUCAAAAAUUGUGACACUUUCGCAGUGAUAGUUGAGAAGGAUGUUAAAUCAAUUUCUUCGGUUUCCAGAUUAACCUCAGUAACA